GGUGGCCGCGGCGCUGCUGAGGCGGGGGGCGGCUGGUCCCGGCCCCGGCGGCAGCAGCAACCAGCGGGGGCUGCCUCCCUCUCCCGCCCGCCCCGGGCGGCGCUGAGGGAAGGAGGGAGCGCCUCGCCGUGCCGUGCCGCCUCGCCUCGCCCCUCGCCGCCGCCGCCAUGCUGCCCGGGGUGGGGGUGUUCGGCACCGGCCUGACGGCGCGGGUGAUUGUACCGUUGCUGAAGGCGGAGGGCUUCGCCGUGAAGGCGCUGUGGGGCCGCACGCCCGAGGAGGCGGAGGAGCUGGCCAAGGAGAUGAGCGUCCCCUUCUACACCAGCCGCAUCGAUGAGGUGCUGCUGCACCAGGACGUCGACCUGGUCUGCGUCAACUUGCCGCCGCCGCUCACCCGGCAGGUCGCCGUUAAGACCCUGGGAAUUGGAAAAAAUGUCAUCUGUGACCGAACGGCGACUCCCCUGGAUGCCUUUAGGAUGAUGACCGCGGCUCAUUAUUACCCAAAGCUCAUGAGCAUCAUGGGGAAUGUGUUGCGCUUCCUGCCUGCAUUUGUGAAGAUGAAGCAGCUAAUUCAGGAGGGUUAUGUAGGGGAGCUGCUGGUGUGUGAGGUGCAGGUUCACAGCGGGAGCCUGCUAGGCAAGAAGUACAACUGGAGCUGUGAUGACCUGAUGGGAGGUGGAGGCUUGCACUCUGUUGGCACCUAUAUCAUCGACCUCCUGACCUUCCUCACCAGCCAGAAGGCUGUGAAAGUGCAUGGGUUGCUCAAGACCUUUGUGAAGCAGACAGACCACAUCAAGGGGAUACGGCAGAUCACCAGCGAUGACUUCUGUACGUUUCAGAUGGUGUUGGAAGGUGGCGUGUGCUGCACUGUGACGCUCAACUUCAACGUCCCAGGGGAGUUCAAACAAGACAUUAUUGUGGUGGGGUCAGCAGGGCGGUUGAUUGUAAUAGGCACUGAUCUCUAUGGACAGAGCAACAGCUCUCCUCAGCAGGAGCUCCUUCUAAAGGACUCCACACCAGUCAGCAACUCCUUACUUCCGGAGAAAGCCUUCAGUGACAUCCCAUCACCCUACCUCCGGGGCACCAUUAAGAUGGUUCAAGCUGUCAGGCAGGCAUUUGAGGAUCAGGAUGACAGGAGGACCUGGGAUGGGAGGCCCCUUACAAUGGCUGCCACUUUUGACGACUGUCUGUAUGCCCUGUGUGUUGUGGACACCAUUAAAAAGUCCAACCAGUUGGGGGAGUGGCAGAACAUUUCAAUCAUGACCGAGGAACCGGAACUGAGCCCGGCAUAUUUAAUCAGCGAAGCCAUGCGGAAGAGCAGGAUGUCUCUGUACUGCUAGCUCCUCUCUGCUCCUAGGAAAGAAUAGGAACCAGACGGCUCUUGAAGGAAAUGGUAAUUCAGCCCCUGUGAAGGGUUUGGGCAUCUUAGAAACAGCUGAGGAUACAGGAGAAGGAAAUAUAGUGUGUGGAUCAACUAAAUCUGUUGGUGGCUAAAUGCCAAAGUGAUAAGGUCCUCUGAAAUGCCCCAAAACAGAUAGGAGACUGAAGAGCUGACAUAAUGUAACUGUUUUGAUAACAGUAUUAGCUGGUUGAUGGGAAAGAGAUAUCAUGGACUCACCUCCUGCUUGCAGGUGCUUUAGAUUAUCCAAUUGUGUUUACUGUGAAAGGUUGGGAAGAUCCUUUUAGAUUUUCCUUACCUACCAGAGGGCUGUGAAGGUACUGUCAUGUCGUUAAAUUUUCUGUAGUGUCUGACAUGAAUGGUUCCUACCAUGACAGCUGACACCACCAUGUUGUAGUACUACACCUCUAACCAACACACAGAAUAAUAGGACUUGAUGUGAAAAUGUUGUGUGAUAUGGAAAAUCUUGGCAGCUCACUUUUCAUAAAGCUUGAUAGGAGCUUCUCUGUGUUGGUUUAACUAGUUGGGGUUUGUUUUGUUUUCUUUUGGGUUGUUUUUUUGGGUUUUUUUUAAAGCACAAUUAAGUAGGAAAAUGUGUGGCUUUUAAAACAAAGCAGUCCUCAACCACAGUGUGUGCCCCGCUAUUGGAAGAGGAUCUUCUGCGAACUCCCAGUAAGCUUCAGUAUUAAGUGCGCAGAUUUGUUGAUCAAAAUGGGUUGUGCAAAACUUUCAUGGAUGGUGAGUGGCAUGAUGUAGUAGUGAUACUGGGUUUUAUUAUACAGCUGAACUCAGGCUAGUCUUACAGAGGUUUACACAUCAUUUCCUGUAUCUGGAACUGACUUUUGAGUGAAUUCAUUGCUCAUUUUGGUGUUAGAAGGAAAACAGUAGAAAUACAACCAGAAACUGUACGAUGCUCAGACAAGCAGUGCUCUUUUAGACCUUUGUGAACUCACACUUCAGAGAUGCACACUGACAAUUAAUUUGAUAUAGCUCAACCCAGAAGCUUUCACCUCCCAAGUUCUGAAUGUGAGUGAAAAACAAGAGAUGACAAAAUUUCCUGUCCAUUUCCAGGGGAAAAAAUCAAAUAAGACCCUCACCUCUUCAACUCCCUAAAGGUGCCAGCUACUGGUACUGUAGUAAUCGUUCCCUGCCAUCAGGGAGGGGAACUCUUUUAGUAUGCUUGUCCUGUUCUUGUUAAUAUUUUAGAUUGCAGUCUUGAAAUAAUACAUUCUUUUGAGAAUAUAUUCUUGAAAGAAUGUAAUGAAAGGCACAUGACUUAUCCCAGUGAACAGGGAUACUGAUAUUCUGCAUAAAGCUGCUCCAGUGCAUAUGUGUUUACAGUGCUAGGUUGUCAGAUAGGAAAAAAAAGUAGAACACAAGCAUAUAGCACUAAAUAAUAUUAAACUUGAGGAAAAAAACCCUUUUCAGGGUUUUCUGUUAAUUUUGACUAGGAGAAAGAAGAGAGCAUUUGGAUGAGCAGUAAAUUAGAGGAGAAAAUAUGACGCUAUUUCUCCAGGCCAUCACAGUACUGUUGCCAUUUUAGGUUAGAAAGAGAACGGUCAGAAUAAUUUAUAUUUAAGGCACUCACAGUUCUGCUAUUUUUAGGAGCACUAAGGUCUUCUCUCGGGCUUCUCCUACAAAUGACUCUCUCUGACUGCUGUAUGCUUCUGCCUGUCCUAUGCCUAGUUUUAGAGCUUCAUGUUUUUGAACAAGAAGGUGUCAAUAGUGUGGUUCAUCUCAUCUGAUUUGAGCCAGCUGAAAGUCAAGUGUCUUGUCCUGAUCAGCUGUACAAGGACACAGUAGUCAAUAAAAAGCGAGCUCUCCAAAGGCUGACUCAGUUCAUUCUAAGAUUAAUAUAGAAGGAGAUGCCUAUUGGAAAGUCCUGUUCUAUGCAGAGAGCCUUGUCUUCUAAAUUUUUAAGUGGCUAAAGCUAAGAAACUUGACCCCCACCCCAAAAUUAUUAAUGUGUGCUUAAUUUCUGAAGAGCGCAUGUGUGACCUUUCCUGAAACAUUCCCCAAAGUGUAAUAGCGUGACUGAUGAAAGACGCAAAACCACACCCUAAUGGAGAGUUGUUUCUAUCCAUGUUGUUCUGCCAGUUCUAGCAACUGUCUCUGAGGUUGACUGCUUCUGCUAAGACCUCAGGCAAGCUUUCAUCAUUCCUUCUUGGAAGCAGCCCUUGACAAGUUUGGAUAUUUUUCCUAAAAUUGGAUUACUCUGAGAAUUCCUGAGGUAGUAUUUGUGCCAACAGGAACUUCCCAUUGUAAUUGUUGUGGUAUACCAAGCUAUCCAGUUCCUGCCCUGAACAGAACAGAGAAAUACAGAAAGGAGAAUUUGAUAAAGAAAUCAUACCUCUUUCUCUCUCCUGAAAAACUGAAUUAGUUCCAAGAGGAUCAAGGGAACUUGCAUAUAGUAAGGCAAAAGCCUUUUAUUGAAAAUAGUGGCUAGUUCAACUCAUGAAUGCAAGCCUGAUGGAUAAUUAACCAUGUCCUGUUAAACAUCAUCCAAAUCUGGAACUAAACAUGAACCAAAAUGUGUGUGAGUCUUGCUUCUUAGUGGUUUGGCAGCUGUGCUGGAAUUGCUGUUCAAGUCUUUGCACCUAGUUUUAGUUCACAGAUGUUGGCAGUUUUUCCUGUCUGAACGUCCUUAUUUUUUGGUAUCUUUCUGGGUUUUGUGAUGACAGCUGGAAGAAGCCCUGCAGUGAACAGCUCCAGGUGAGACACAGUGUGUAGGGACAGUACUACUGAGCUUAACCUUUCUGCCCUGGAUCCAAAGGCUUAGCUGACAGGCAUCAUCUAUCCACUGUGCAGACUUACUGAUUCAGACAGUGCUGCUUAGCAGAAAGAAAAUCUAAUGCGUUAGUUCCAUAGCCAUCUGAUGCUUGGAUUAGUACUGGCUUGCAAAUGGGUUGCAUCCUGUACAGCUCAUUGUGUGACCAGAGUGCUGUCCCCAGAGGGGCAGGCAGAAUGACCAGGGCAGGGUGGGACCUCCUCUUCUGACAGCAAUGGAGAUCUUAUGCUAAAAUUAGGUGAAGUUGUUAUCUAACUGGGAUGGCAGCAGUAACUGCAUAUGUUCGGGAUUGUAUGUCAGUUUUUCCAUUCUCUAGGAGGUGAAGGUGCUGUAGUGUCAAGUGCAAAGAUACUCAUCUUCCACCUGGUUUAGAGGAGGAAGGAACUGGUUCAUUUAUAGAAUCUUAUUACUAUUCUGAUAAAUUGUUACUUUACAGUCUGGGAUCUUUCUUGGCAGCAUCAAGCCCUCUGCUCUUUUGGUACAGUUGAAAGUACACUGAACUGCCCCAAGUAGCCUCUGAAGUUCACAGUGUGUUUAGGAAUAUUGGGCAGCAGAGAUGUACUUGACUGAAGUCAGAAGUGGUACCACACCAGGAAACAUGUAUUUGGAAUUGCACUUUUAAUGCUGUUCUUUAAUGCUGUGCCACAAGUUUUGAGAUGAAUGCUGCUAGAAUCGGUGCAGGCCUAGUAGCCAAACUGUGGCUACUGCUGGAAUUUACAGUAGCCCACAUUGAGCUUGUUCAUACACUAGGUAAGAAGUGGUCAUUCCUCUUACCCAGGGCUGCUGUUGGAGAGGCUCUUUCCUUUGCUAUCAACCUGUGCACAUAGGACACUGAAUCUUGUGGUCUGUUGCCAAAGACAAGAAGAGCCAGAGGGUGAGCCCCUGUGAAAUCUGUUGCUCUGUAGGGGUCUGCUCCAACAAUCAGCUGAAAAAUGAUGUCAUAUUUUCCAUGAGAAUUGCACUGGGGUCUACAGCAGUGGUAGAGCAAGACUAUGCAGUGCAACAGCAGGGCACAGGUGACUCCUUUCAUGAGUCUAAAGGGAGAGUGCUGACUGCAGGGAGUGACAAGAAGGUGUGUCUGCAGUCUGGUACCUAUACGCUUGUGCCAACAGGGAGAACAUGCUGGUCGUGUGCAGAGGGUGAGGGCUGAACCUCCUGAGGGUGACAGCAGCAGCCUUGCUCCAUCUCUGUGUUUGGGAGCCUGAGAAGGGACCCUGCCUUCAGGAAAGCAGUAUCCGUUCUGUUCUCCUGCUAGAUCCAUGCACGUCCUCAGUGCUGAGCUCAGUUCUAUGUAGAGGAAUAAGAACUCUGCAAGAGCUUGGGGUUUCCUGUAUCUAAUAUCGUGCAUGUGUUAAAUUAGUAGUACUUUAGCUGUGUAGUUAGAAAAUGCCAAGUAGAGAUGAUACACCCUUACACAUGCAGCCAAUAUGGCAGAGAAUCAGGGCAUGCAUAGGUGAGUUUAGCCUCAGGAUGGGCUGCUGUGGAGUUUAUCCUUUGCUUUGGCUGAAAGCAUGAGAAAUUCCUGCCCAGCCAGCAUAGGGCAAUCAGAGGCACUCUCCACUUUGUGCUUAGUGUUUCCUUCUUUAGAAUAGCUUCCAAAUCAGUGACUGUGCAAGUGAAGUCCUGGAAGUUCAGCCUUUCAAAAAAAGGGAAGUUUUUCUGCUGCAUGUGGUCACAGCACAAGGACAGUUCAAUUUCUCUGUUACCUUGUUUAUUUCUGUGUCCAUACAAAUGUGGGAAAGACCCAGACAAUUUAAAAUGACUCAUUCAUCUACCAACAAAAGUGCAUAUUUUAUUAAUGGCGAAAGGUAAACAUAGUAUCUUGAUGUUGUUCCUUACAGAGUUUCAGAAACUACCGAAGACAGAAUUUGUUGUUGCUGAAAUUUUUAUAUUUGACUUUUAUCUAUGGCCUUCAAUUUAAAAUAUUGCACAUUAUGAGGUCAAUUCAAUGUUAAGUUCUGUAUUUACAAGGGUUUAGAAGUACCCAGCAGACUUUUGACAUACACUUUGUGAUGUUGCAGUGGCCCAGUGAUGGACCCUUAAGUACAUAUGAAACUCAGCACCGGACUCUUUGACCUCUGCAGUGGACUCUGGAUAUCUAGGCCUUGUUGAGAAGUGGCAGAAUUAUUCAGGACAGCAGUUUCUUGUUGUUGUUGUUGGAGUUGUUACUUGUGGGGAGCAAAGUCUGUAAAUUUUAGAGAUGAAGUAUGACUGAAUAAUAAUUGUCAGUCUUAUCUGCUUUAAAAUUUCCUCUCUCUUGAGCUGCUGGAUGAAGUUUGUCCAAUAAAAACAAUUUCCUCUUAACAAUAACUACCCACUUAAUUUGCUCACAAAAAGAAGAAAUUUUCAGUAAAUGGAACUAUACAUAAUGCUGCAUUCAUGAACUGAUGUCAUAACCUCAUGACUUACUGAGUGUAUGAAGCCAGAGCCCAAGCAAGAAAUAACUUUUCAAAGCUGCCAAAUUGAAGCCUUGGGGUUGGGGAAUGAAGGGUAUCAGCUUAGGUCAAACUGAAAUAGCUUUUAUUCAGCAUUUUCAAGUUAAAUGAAUAAACAGAAUGGCUAUGGUCAAUCUAAAACUGAACACAAAACAUGUUUGUAGAAGAUCACUUAAGUUUUUUCUUUUGGGAUUAAGUUCCGUUUUUAAAGACUGCUGUUUUGAAAUGAAAAAGCCAUCUUUUAUUAUGUCUUGGCAUGUAUGAAAUUAACUGUUUGGGGUUGGGUGUGGGGUUUUGCUUGGGUUUUUUUGUUUUGGUUUUUUGUUGGUUUAAGUUCACACUUUAAAAAAUCCCAUCCAUUAGGUUUAGAAUCAUAGAAUCGUUUAAAGGUGUUCAGUGAAUUCAGCUGUCCUUGGGCAGGUUUGGCUCUGAACCUGCAGCUUGCAGUGUCACUUCUAGCAUCUGAAUUUGGCCAUCUGGAUUUCAUUUGUGUCUUCAUGUGGCAGUGGGAAAACUAGUUCAUUACAUGGAGUUGGCUACAGAUAAUCAAGAUACGUUUUGCAGCAGUGCCAGUCAUCUUUAAAAGCACUUAAUUCUAUUAAUUUGUUUGCCAUGGUUAUUUAUGACCUUCCAGCCAUGUGCUGUCCGUGACUUAAUUUUUGUUUUACACCAGCUGUCAGACUCACUUCCCUCCUCUUUCUGUUUCUCAUUCCAUGCCAAGCCGCAAGGCAUCUCCCUUGUUUCCCACUGAGCUUGUGCUCAGUCUAUGUUACACAUGGCAUGCAGGGUGCCUAACCUACAACUUGAAGUAACUUUUAACAGAGAUUCAUUAAAGAAUAUGUCAACACCACAACUGCUCAGGAACAUGGCAUAAUGAAUGCCUGGCCAGGGCAGGAAUCAAAGCUCCCUGCUAUGCUGUGUUUCACAAGCAACACUCGCUGUUUCUCGUUGUACUGGUUUUAUUUGAUUUUGAAAAUGAGAAUAUGUUCAGUUUGUUGCUGUGUCAAUAUUAAGUAUAUAUUUAUUGUUUUUCAGACAUACAUACAUAUAUAUAAAUGCUAUAUAUAUAAUGUCAACGCAUGGACAUAUGUACAGUAGAUAUUUUAAAGAGCUAUUUAUCAAGAAAAGUAAGUGUUAUAAGUAAACAGAGUUUAUAUUUUAUAUAUUAUGUAGAUAGCAAAAAAAAAAAGUGGUUAAAUUAUAGUAGGACUUUGGGGGUGGGGUUGGAGAAAUGGGCAUGGGCUGGUUCUAGCAUUUUAAAUAGCCAAACUACUUUGUACGGAAGCUGCCUGCUGUGCCUCUCGGCUGCAAUAUCUGUUUGUUUCUUCUUCUGGAAGAUGAUGUGCAUUGUUACUUUUACAUUGCUUGGGGAAUGUAGUUAGUUUAUUCUCAGCCAACUGGUAUGUGCUGCUUAAAACAUGGUUUCCUGCUGUUCUGCAUAUUUGCGUUGAUGGAAUAAAAGGAUCUUAAAUGGCAAAUAAAGACGUAAAAGGAUGUAA